CAGUGGACGCCAUGCCCCGCCCUCGGAUCUUAAAGGGCGAGAAGCAGCUUCGGUUCUUGGCACUUUUGCUGGGGAGGGGUGCGCAGGCGCAGUGGAGGAGUUCUCCAGUCGGAGUAGUCGCUUGUUAAGUUGCUGCUGUCUGUCCCGGCAGAGGAAGAUAGAGUGCUGAGCGUCCGGUCACCAAUUUGCACUUCACUAGAGCCACUGGACCCGAAAAGUUUGUGAAUAGAGGCUCCUGAGUUUGGGGAGACCCAGGCUUGCAGCGUAGGGGGACGGAGGAGGCUGGAGGGAGCUCCCCCCAUGGAGCCCACUCAGCUUGCAGAGAACCUCAUCCCAAACCAGCAGUCCCCUGUGCCUGAACUUGAGGAUCCUGAGGACCCCAGAGACGAAUCUCCAGACAGCUCUGACACUGUGGUCCUCAGUCUGUUCCCCUGCACCCCAGAGGCCCUGAACCCUGAAGCAGAUGCCAGUGCACCCUCACUACAGGUUCCAGAAUAUUGCCAUCACUGCAGUAGAAGACUCCCAGACCUCAUGAGUACUCAUUCCUGCUCCCCUCUCUCAGACCACAGCAACACUGAUCUGUCUCCUGCCUCUGGCAGUUUCUUGAAGCACUCAACAACCCUCACAAACCGGCAACGUGGGAAUGAGGUCUCGGCUCUGCCAGCCACCCUGGAUUCCCUGUCUGUCCACCAGCUUGCAGCCCAAGGGGAGCUGAGCCAACUGAAAGACCAUCUGCGGAAGGGUGACAACCUGAUCAACAAACCAGAUGAGCGUGGCUUCACUCCCCUCAUCUGGGCCUCAGCCUUUGGAGAAAUCGAGACAGUUCGCUUCCUGCUAGACUGGGGUGCUGACCCCCACAUCCUGGCCAAGGAGAGGGAAAGUGCCCUGUCACUUGCCAGCAUGGGCGGCUACACGGACAUUGUGAGGUUGUUGCUCGAGCAGGACGUGGACAUCAACACCUAUGACUGGAAUGGGGGAACACCACUACUCUACGCCGUGCGAGGGAACCAUGUAAAGUGUGUGGAGGCCUUACUGGCCCGGGGAGCUGACCUCACCACAGAGGCCGACUCUGGCUAUACCCCAAUGGACCUCGCCGUGGCCCUGGGAUACCGCAAAGGUGGGCUGAGGGGCCCUGUGUGGGGUGGCCACAGAGGGGUACACUGGAUGUCACUGAGGGUGCCAGAUGAUGCCUCCUAGCACAGGGAGGCCAGGCACCUCCUCAUCCUGGCUCCUGGCACUCUUGGGCUUUGGUAGGAACACCAGUACCUGACAAGGAUAGCAGCCACUCUGGGGUACACAAAGACACUCAGAGACAAUAGCCCCCCAGCUUAGCCCAAGCCACAGACACACACUCUGCCUCACAGUGCUGGGUGGAGCAUUUCACUGAGGCCACCCCAAACUUUUAUCUAUUUCUGUUGCUAUAACAGCAUACAAGAGAUAAAAAAGUUUUAUUUGGAUUUAUGGUUCUGGAGACUAGGAGAACAAUUGUGUGGCCACAUUGGCUGAGGGUCAGGUAUUGCUUUGCCUCAGUGGAUAGCAACAGCAGGAUAGUGGAGGGGAGCUAGGCAGGCCUUGUCUUAAAAUGGCCUUUUCUCAAGGUAAGUCCUGCGCCUUCCUGCCCACCUGUGAAGGGCCCCAGCCUCCAGGCUGGUCUGAACCACCUUCUGGGUCUCUCUUCAUUGCUGCUCACGGCCUCCAUUUUACAUUUGAGGUUGAGCAGCGCGGUUCCACUCCCCUCACCCACUCCCACCUCCUCCCACAGUGCAACAGGUGAUGGAGACCCAUAUCCUGAAACUGUUCCAGAGUACUCUGGGGCCUGCAGACCCCGAGUGAAGACAGCCUGUUGGGAACCCAGGCACUCAGGGAACAAACCAGUCUCCCACAACUGGCUUGAGGCAGCUCCUGGACAGUGGUGGCAGAGGGCCCUCCCCAACAGGAACCAAUAAAUCUGUGAACUUGAA